GUAAAUAACCCAAGAGGGCCAAGACGAGACUCUUUUUCAUUUUCAGUUUUUCACUCUUACUUCAUACCAUAGCAGGUCAUAUAAUAACCUCCCUUCUCUCCUGUUACUAUGUCAAAUAGCUGGACACCAACAACGUGGGAUCCGUUGACCCAAACUCAUGAUCUCAGCGGCAAGGUCGCCGUUGUGACCGGUAGCAAUUCCGGCAUCGGUCGAGCGACCGUCAAGUUCCUGGCCCUGCGCGGCGCCAAGGUCUACCUCGCUACGCGGUCCGAGUCGCGCACCCGGGAGGUUAUCGAGGAGCUGCGGAAAGAGAACCCUUCCAUCGGCGAGGACCAGCUUCAUCACCUUCUCCUCGACUUGGCGGAUCUGAAGUCCAUAGUGGCGGCUGCCGACGCACUUAAAGCUGCCGAGAACCGACUGGACGUCUUGAUCAAUAAUGCCACCGCCAUAGGCUCCGGAGAAGUGCCCGCCACUGGGUGGGAAUUGCAAAUCGCCGUAUCCCACGUCGGCCACUUCACCUUGACCAACCUCCUGCUCCCCCUCCUCGAAGCCGCCGCCUCCGACCCAACCUCCGACGUCCGCAUCGUCAGCGUCUCCUCCAUAGCCGGCAAUGUCUUCCUCCCCGCAUCAUACGAAUUCGGCUUCAAUUCGCCCGCCGCCCUGCGCCGCCCCGUGCCCUACUUCCCCUGGACCUGGCGCUACCUCAGCCGCCACCUCUUCCGCACCGACAUGGUGACCUACGCCAUGGCCAAGACCGCCCAGGUCCUCUUCACGCGCGAGCUGCAGCGCCGCCUCGACGCCCGCGGCCUCCGCGUCCUCGCCCUCGCCGCCGCCCCCGGCACCGUCUACACGCGCGCGCUGCAGUCGACGUGGCCCGGCUGGAUGGACGCGAUCCUGCGUCGCCUCGCGUCGACGGUCGACCAGGGGGCUGCCAACUCGCUUUUCGCGGCCGCGGCGCCGGAGGUCCGGUCGCGCGCCGAGGCGUUUAAGGGCCGGUAUAUGGACCCCGUGGGGCGGGUGAGGGAGUUGCACCCUGUCGAGAGGAAUGCGGAGCAGGUUGCUGGGUUGUGGGAUGUUACCGAGAGGGAGGUGAAUGCGGAGUUGGCCAAGGCUGGGCUUCCUGGGUUGUUGCCUUGGUAGGAGUGGGGUGGGUGUAGCUGAAAGGAGGGGGCGAACUCUGAUAUCUUGUAAAUUGUGUCGUGGUGCCAUGAGAUCGUGUACACCGUGUUUCGUAGUGCAAAUUAAUAUGUAUUCCUCUGUAGUCGCUGCACUCCCAUCGCGACUCGGAAGCUCAAAAUUGCUGUGCUCCUUUUUCCCAAGUAUAUAUCGGAACACCAU